ACGUUAUGUUUACAGUAUACUGGCAGACCGAUAAGGAAAGAGAGGACUAUGAAAAAGCGCGACACUUCCAUUCUUCCACAUGGUUCUGUCACUGCUAAGGCGAGCUGCGCAGACAGCGAUAUUAUACCUCUCAUAGGAAAGUUACAGUGUUGUUUUCAGCAGCGAAGUGCUCUAGGUAUCACAGGGCGAGUUUUCAGUCGCACUGGCAGUUGAACGUUUGAUUGCAGAACGUUGAAGGAUUUUAAUGUGUUAUUUCGUUCUCUUUUUUUGAAGAUAUACUCGCACUAGAGACUAACUGCGCAGAGUCUCCAAAACGGACUGAAAGAUAGGGGAGACUUGCAAUAACUUUUACGCAAUCCGUCCAGUGUGGUUACAUAAACAUACGUUUAUUCAGUGACUGAAAGAAAACCGAUGAUUUAACAGCAUUGGCAACUUUUACGCACUUUCUCACCAUAUCAUCAUUCUGAACAGCACUUUCUUUGGUACGUUUUCUGUCUAACCGAGAGAUUGAGAAAGAAAGAGAAACGAUGGUACAGCACAUGAGACACACAGAGAGCACAGAUUCAUUCUCUCCUCGUGGGGACGGCACCGAUACCGGAGAUAUGGACUUGGACAUGGACGCGUCUCCGACUCCCGGGUCUCCGCUAUCCUCCACGGGAGGGGACCGAGGCAACGUCGCCUGGUGUAAAACCCCCACGGGACACAUCAAGAGACCGAUGAACGCAUUUAUGGUGUGGUCUCAGAUCGAGAGGAGAAAGAUCAUGGAGCAGAGUCCGGACAUGCACAACGCUGAGAUUUCCAAGCGGCUGGGCAAGCGCUGGAAACUGCUCAAAGACACAGAUAAGAUCCCGUUCAUCCAGGAAGCAGAGCGGCUGAGACUCAAGCACAUGGCCGACUAUCCUGACUACAAGUAUCGGCCACGGAAGAAGGUUAAGACGCCCAGCUCCAAGACAGAGCGGGGGGAGAGGGGAGAGAAAGGCGCGGAUAGGAGCAGGGGUUCUAAGUCCUCAUCGAAAAGAGGCUCUGGGUCUAGGGGGAACAGCAGAGUGCCCAAGCCGGGACAGGGGAGCGUCAAGCUGCCUACCCAGGGGCAAGAGUGUGCGUCUCCCGCGGAUCACCACACGCUCUACAAAUCCAGAUCAGUGACUGGUGCCCGGCAGAUACCAGACAAGCCAGCAAGGCGCAGCUACAUGUUUAGUGGGGGAGGGAGCUUGGACAGCGGGCCACCCUCUGUGGGAGUCCCAGGGAGUCCCGCCCUGAGCAGCUCGUCUGAGUCCUGUGACCCGAUGAGCCUGUAUGAAGAGCAGGCGACGGGGGCGAACGACGCACUUUCCUCCAACCCUUCAACAUCCUCACCAUCAUCGGCAGUCCGCCUCAGGUACACACGUGCGUCCUCUCCAACCCCGUCCGCCUCUCACUCCUCUUCCUCCUCCCUCUCUUCUUCCUCGGAUGAAGAGCUGGAGGAUGAGCGGUUCGAGCUACAGCCGAGCCCCGGGUUUGAGAGCAUGUCUCUGGGCAGCAUGGGGCCAUGUGAGUCGGAGCUCGACAGGGACCUGGACUGGAGCUUCGGCGAGUGUGGGGCGGGAUCUCACUUUGACUUCCCCGACUACUGCACCCCCGAGGUCAGCGAGAUGAUCUCGGGAGACUGGCUGGAGUCCACCAUCUCCAACCUCGUUUUCACUUACUGAGCGGCGGAAAGGAGAGAAAUCACAGAGAACAAGAGGGAAAGAGAAGCCCCGCCCCGCGCAAAACUAAUACCCAGUGAGUGUGAAAGAAGAAUCUUCAGACAUUCUUUCAGAUUAUUAGGGAGAGUGAAAUGUGAGCUAAACUAACCCUCGUUUUGGAAAGAAUAGCCUAAUAUUAAUGACACGUGUUUAGGUUAAAUUGUGCAGAAUGUAUGUAUAAAAACAUAAUCGUCUGUUCCAUGUGGGUAUUGACAAAGACACGAACAGGGACAGACAAGGGCGCAUUGUUGCCUGAUGCGCCGAAUUGAAGGAAAGUGCAUCGCUUGCAUUUGGAGAGAGAAGAGAGAAGGACUCUGAGCACGCCUCUUUUAGAAGUGACACACACAGACUUACUGAACUGAAGUAUUCAACCGGCUGGCAGGAGGAGGUUUGUAGGUUGAUGGUGAACAUGACUAUGGGUAAAUGGGCUUUUGGAGAGCUUGAUGUUGCCAUGGAGAUGAAAGCAGUUUAAGUGACCCACUUCAGUUGUUGUUCUCUGUGUGGGCGGGGUUUAUGAAGGUGAUAUUCAGGUGGGUUUUUCUGAAGCUUAACAUGCAUGCACUCCUUUGUGGAGUAGUCUGCACUGUUACAUUGACUGAUGCAUCUGAAAAUAUGUUUAUUACAAUGUCAUUACCGCGCUGAUUGUGUGUGCGUGUGUGAGUGAGUGUGCGUAUAUGUGUGCGAGUGUGUGUGUGCGAUCACAGAACACAGUUCACAAUCACCAGCUUUCCUCUCAACGGCAGGACUUUUAAUGAAUUAACAACUCAAACUCAGAAUCUUUUCUCUGAAAACCUUUUACACUCUGAAUGCACAUUUCAGGACCAAUUCCCUUACUGCGCAACGCCUAGCACAUCUGGCUGUAGUUAUACUAUAUCAGAUGACGUUUUUUUAUAUAUCGAUGUAUUUACACCAGCCCAACGUUUUUUUUUAUUAAUAAUUUGAAGUAUUGUUAUUGUAUAAUAGGUCUUGUUUGUGUGUAAACCACCUGGUAUCCCUGUGCAGGAGGGCUAGAAGUGUAUCUUAUUUAAAAUGUUGACAUCUCUCACUUUUUAAAGGAGAACUCAGUACGUGUGUCAUUUUUCUACAUGUGUAUUUUUGUACGAUAUCUAUGGGAGGGAGUGCCAGUGGGGGGUUACGAUAUCUAUGGGAGGGAGUGCCAGUGGGGGGUUACGAUAUCUAUGGGAGGGAGUGCCAGUGGGGGGUUACGAUAUCUAUGGGAGGGAGUGCCAAUGGUUUGAUUCCUGAUGGUUCAAAGCCAGAGGGUCCGUUGUCACAUAUAUUCCGUUCCUUUAUACAAUGUUUACACUUGACAGUAUCGCGCGCCACAUGCUUCUUAAAGGCACAGUGUCUGUAUUACAGCAGCCAAGUAAACACAUUGACAUCCGCUACGUCACUAGAGCGUCAGCUGCACCCAGUGACUGUGUUUCAACAGUGGAUUUGCAUAACUUGGACCCAGAAUGUAUUUGUGCUAUCUUGUCAAGGAGUGGCACGAUGGCACAAACAGACUGGCGCCCAGGCUACAGUAUAUCAGAAUUGUUCAAGAGAGAGAUAGAGAUGCUGUUGGAUUGAGAGGAAAACAUCGGUAUGCUUUUGUUGAUAGGUUUUGAUUUGAAACCACUGACUGGAUGGAAUGUGACACUCACACAUUCUAAAUGCCUGUUUGAGUCAGAGGGAGGUGGAGGGAGGUGGAGGGAGUUGGAGGGAGGUGAAGGGGGGUGUAUGAAGUGCUUCGAUCAUCUAUCAUUGCGCAAUUGCAUAAUAAGAGUAUUUAAUCGUUUUUCUACCUGUUGGCUUACUUGGCUAAGACUAGCUAGCUAAUUGUUUUUCCUAUAUUAUGGCAUGGCAAAUUAGCAAUUGUAUUUCAGAUUCAGGUAUAUGUAUAGCUGUUGUGUUUAAGAUUUAUUUUUAUUUUUAAGAAUAUCAAUUGACGAUAUUUAUGUUUAUUGACUGUACUAUAAUGCAGAUACGAUUGUGUUUCUAUGUAUAAUGAUCAACGACAGACACUAAAAUUGCCAUCUUUUGUCAUUAUGAUGUUAAUGAUUGUGGUCCAGGAUCUUUAUUUUUUUUUUUCAUUUUUUUUUUCUCCAUUUGUGCAAUAUGCUGUGUGUAUGAUCAUGUUUCCUCCAAUCGUACCAUAUCUCAUUUGAAUAUAGAACUCAACGCCAGCCAAUCGGGUCAAUGACUGCCUCAGACCUCUAUUACAGAGCAUUUUUUAUUUGUUUGUUUGUAUGUUUGUUUAGUUUUUUUCAAGACGGAAAUAAAAUCAGCUGGAACUGAA